AUGGCACUGCCAAUCCCCACUCUCACCGCUCUCUCCAGCACCACCGUGAAACCCGCUGUCAUCUUCACCACCCCACCCAACUAUGCCGCGAGGCUCUCCGAUCUCCUCGCUCUCAAAGGCCACAACCCUCUCUGGUGCCCCACCAUCACCACUUCCCCAACUCCCCAAUCUCUCAUUCCCCACCUUUCCCCGCCCUCCCUCUCUCAUUUCUCCGCCGUCGCCUUCCCUUCACGCGCCUCCAUCGCUUCCUUCUCCCUAGCUGCCGCCUCUCUCCCUAAACCCCUCCUCCCCUCUCACGGCCACACAUUCACCCUCGCCGCCUUAGGCAAAGACUCAGAGCUAAUCGACACUCCUUUUAUCUCCCAAAUCUGUUCCAAUUCACAACGGGUUAAACUUUUGGUUCCUCCCACCGCCACCCCCAACAGCUUAGCCUUAUCGCUCGGAGAAGGAUACGGUCGAAAAGUGCUGUGUCCGGUCCCGAAGGUCGUGGGCCUAAACGAACCGCCGGUCGUUCCGAAUUUCCUCGACGAUUUGAAGAGCGGUGGGUGGUUUCCGGUUCGGAUCGACGCGUAUGAGACGAGAUGGUUAGGACCCGAUUGUGCAAUGGCGGUGGUGAAGAAAGGGGAGGAGAAAGGAGGUGAAGUGUACGCCGCCAUUGUUUUUACGAGUAGUGGGGAAGUGGAAGGGUUUCUGAAGGGCUUGAAGGAGUUUGGGUGGGAUUGGGGGACGGUCAGAAGGAGGUGGCCGGGUUUAGUGGUGGCGGCUCAUGGGCCGGUCACGGCGGCGGGGGCGGAGAGGUUGGGUGUGGAUGUUGACGUUGUGAGUUCGGAUUUUGGUAGCUUUCAAGGUGUAGUUGACGCGCUUGAUGUGCGUUUGAGGGCUUUGGGACAUGAAUAA